AUGGAGAAAUGCUAUUUCCAUCAAGAUACCAUCAAAUUUCUUGGAUACAUCAUCUCACCAACAGGUAUUCAAAUGGAUCCGGAAAAAAUUACAUCUAUACUCGAUUGGCCUACUCCAACUAAUGUGAAAUCUCUACAGAGAUUCCUUGGAUUCUCUAAUUUUUAUAGAAAAUUUAUUGAUCACUAUUCCACCACUGUACAACCACUCACUCGUUUAACAGGGAAAGGAAAAUUUCGUUGGAAUUUCGAAGCAGAGACUGCUUUCCGAUUGCUUAAAAGUAAAUAUACUACUGCUCCAUUCCUACAAAUACCAAAUCCAAAACUCCCGUAUACCUUAAGAGGUGGAUGCAUCGAAUACGGGGAUUGGUGCAGUCUUAUCUCAACCCAAUGCUAA